AAUCAUUUUCAUUCUUCCCUUCGAAUUAUUGUCCCGUAUUUGAUUUGUCUUCCAAUAAUAGUUGAAAUUGUUGACUGUUGACUCACAAAUGUUGAAAGCCCAGAUAAAAUUGAACACUAUUCAAUAUCAACUUUCCAAUUAAACCCUCAAUUUUGAUUUCUACUACAAUUUGGGGAAAUGGGUGUCAAUUGAUUUCUUAUACAAUCCCUCAAUUGAUUAGGGUUUUAAUUUGGGGGUUUGAUGAUGAAGAAAUUAGGUUUUGUGUUUUCUGUGUUACUUAGCUAUUUGAUAGUUGUUGAAUCAAUUUGUAGUAGGGGUUGUGAUGUGGGUUUAGCUUCAUACUAUGUUCAGCCAAGUGUAACCCUUGGUAACAUAGCAAUUUACUUUGAUACUUCAACUGUUGAUAUCAUGAGCUUCAAUCCCGAAAUCACAGAUGAAAAUAGCAUUCAAAGGGAUACUCGAGUCAAUGUGCCGUUUUCGUGUGAUUGUAUAGAUGGGGAUUAUCUUGGUCAUGUUUUUAGUUACCGGAUUCAGUCUGGAGAUACCUAUACAACUAUUGCAGCAACACAAUAUGCCAAUCUUACUACUGCUAGUUUGCUUCAGAGGAAUAAUAGUUAUCCUGUGACCCUAUUGCCCAUUGGUGGCAACCUUAAUGUGACUGUUAAUUGUUCUUGUGGAAAUAGCAGUGUGUCAGUGGAUUAUGGGUUGUUCGUAACUUAUCCGCUUCGUUCUGGUGAUAGUUUAAGUUCCAUUGCGCAGGCAAAUAAUUUGAGUGCAAGUUUGUUGCAGAGGUAUAAUCCUGGUGCAAACUUUAAUAGUGGAAAUGGGCUCGUUUACAUUCCUGGGCGAGACAGGAAUGGAGAUUACCCACCAUUAUUUUCAAAUUCAAGCCCUGGACCAGGUGGUUCAGCCUCUGCAGGAAUUUCUCCUGGAGUCGUAGCUGGUAUAUGCGUGGCAGUUGGAUUGUGUGCGUUCUUAUUUGGUUGGUAUCUUGUCUACAUAAGACGAAAGAAGAAGAAAGAGGCCUUACUUUCUGAUAAGCCUGAAUUCCAGUCAGCACCAGCUGAAAAUUUAACUGGACAAUCUGAAGCUGUGGCAGUCAAUCCAAAGCAUCAUGGUAUAGCUGUUGAGAAGUCAGUAGAGUAUUCUUAUGAAGAGCUUGCAAAUGCUACUAAUAAUUUUAGCUUGGCUAACAAAAUUGGUCAAGGUGGAUUUGGAGUUGUUUACUAUGGGGAGCUAAGAGGCGAGAAAGCAGCUAUCAAGAAGAUGGCUAUGCAAGCAACAAGGGAAUUUCUUGCUGAACUGAAGGUCUUGACACAUGUUCAUCACUUAAACUUGGUUCGCUUGAUUGGAUACUGUGUUGAGGAUUCUCUCUUCCUGGUGUAUGAAUAUAUUGAAAAUGGAAACUUAAGUCAGCAUUUGCGUGGUUCAGUAAAAGAUGUCCUGCCAUGGCAUGCCAGAGUACAAAUUGCUCUUGAUUCAGCAAGAGGUCUUGAAUAUAUCCAUGAGCACACUGUACCUGUUUACAUUCAUCGUGAUAUUAAAUCUCCUAACAUAUUGAUUGAUAGUAAUUUCCAUGCAAAGGUUGCAGAUUUUGGAUUGACAAAGCUAGCGGAGGUUGGAAAUGCGUCUGUACCAACUCGUUUGGUGGGCACAUUUGGAUACAUGCCUCCAGAAUACGCCCAGUUUGGUGAUGUCUCUCCCAAAGUAGAUGUCUUUGCUUUUGGUGUUGUUCUCUUUGAACUCAUAUCAGGGAAGGAUGCUUUGGUAAAGGAAACUGGAUCAGCUCAACCGCAGAGCCUUGCUAAUUUGUUUCAGGAUGUUGUUUUCCAGUCUGAUCCGAACAGCAUAUGCAAAUUAGUGGAUCCGAGACUUGGGGAAGACUAUCCUCUUGACUCUGUUCUCAAGAUGGUAGAGCUUGCAAAAGCAUGCACUCAAGAGAAUCCUGAACUUCGACCUAGCAUGAGAUCGGUUGUAGUUGCUUUGAUGUCCUCCUCGUCAACCACAGAAAAUUGGGAUAUUGGUUCGUUCCAUGAGCAUGGCCUUAAAAAUCUUGAGUCUGGAAGAUAGUUUAAAAUGGAGAAUACUAACACAACUGCUAUAUACCAAUUCUUUUUAAUAGUGGGUACCUAAAGGUAUACUCAUAGUUGUAUAUAUUAUGAAUAUUGUUUAUAUUGAUCAAGUAUUAGUGUAUUACCAAUUCUUUUCAAAUGUAUAUGAGAUAUAUUAGGGAUUUGACUUAUUAUA